AUGGAAAGUUUUCGAGGUCUUCAAGACUUAAUAUUUUACUAUUAUAGUACGCCUGCCCCAACCAAGAAGUCAUCACAAAGAUUUUGUUUCGAAUCCUCUUCCUGUCAACCCGAGCAUCUCAAGUUUUUAACAGUCAACUGCGGAGGGUUAAAAGGUCUAAAUAAAAGGUUACAGAUCCAAGAUSUAGUUGUAACUCAUAAUCCAGAUGUUAUUUUUGGAACUGAAUCCCACCUGGACCCAACCAUCAACUCCGCUGAGAUUUUUCCCGACCAAUAUGAUAUCUAUAGAAAAGGUAGAAACAUCCAUUGUGGUGGAGUCUUCUUAGCAAUCAAGAAAAGUAUAUUCUAUUCUAUUCCAUUCAACUCGUUUGACUUCGACUGUGAAGUAUUCUGGCUCAACCUCCUUGUUAACGGCGGAAACCCCAUGUUUAUUGGAGUGUUUUAUCGUCCUCCAGAUAGUAACAUCCUGCCUUUGGAAAACCUUCAGUCAUCACUCGACCUCAUAACCAGUGGUAGCAACCUCCCAAAUAUCAUCUUAUCUGGUGACUUCAAUCUUCCUAGCAUCGAUUGGAACACUUACUCUGUGUCCCCAAAUCCCCAAUAUGGUACCAGAGUAAACAACGAUUUCCUUGAUAUCAUUAAUUCUUCCUCCCUUAGCCAGUGCCAGCUGGAACCUACUAGAGGACCCAAUGUCCUCGACCUUGUAUUUACUUCAAACACUAACUUGUUUACAGAUUCCUCAGUACAACCUGGGAUAAGCGACCAUGAUGCUGUCUUAUUUCACAUCAAAUCCAGUAUCAAGGUAUUUAAAAGUCUCGAUAUCAAAGCUCAUCAAAGGACUUGUGGAAGUUGGAAUUGACAAAAAUCUUCUUGGAAACAGAAGAAUUAUAUUUCCACAGCUCGUUGCUAGACAACCCGAUGAAGAGGAUAGCGACUUGUCAGACAGUCAAAACAUUGACUCGUCUGAAAUUCAAGAAAGUGACAGUGAGGAGGAAGGAGAAGAAGGCGAACAAGAAAAUGAUGAGCUGUCAGCAAGCCCAGAAUCGAGUAUUGACAGCGGUUCAGACUACCAUGUUGAAGUUGAAGUUGUCAUAUAUGUUUGUCGUGACUUCAAACAGUUCUAUACUCAAUGUCGUACAAUGCAUCAAAUGUUUAUGACGUGAAGGGUAUUACUGUCGUGAUAAUCAGCUGAUUGAAUUCGAUAUUUGUUGUCACAUCUUUCCAGUGGAUUCUCAUACUAGGAAAGCCAAAUUUAUUCGGGUGUGAAGAAUGUGAUGCCGUUCAUUAAAUAUCGUUAAAAUAAAAAAACUUGAAACUCAUUGAUAAUCAUGUUAAUAAAAAACAUCCAUAAGGCAGAAUAAAUCCCCUCGUUUGGAUUAAAUAAAAGAGUUUUUAACCAGUAAACAUUAUCCGUUUAUAGUGUUAUUGUUUUUCUCAUCGUACAAUCAGAACUUAAGUCAUAAUUUUGAUUAAUAUGGAGCAGUUGUAU